GAGGGCAUCUGAAGUUGUAUAAAAGCCCAUGCCAAGACCCAGUUCAGGACACAGAAGACCAACAAGUCAAAGUCUGAAGAUGGGAAAACUCCUUUUGGUAUUGGCCACAGUGCUGCUGUGCUCCGCGUUUGUCACAGCGCAGGUGAAGCCAAAUGAAGAGAUCGGCCGGGUUACAGUCCAGGUGCCGUUGCUGUCAAAUGGAAAACCCGUCAUGAGCCAAGAUAACGAAUUGGUGGAGGUAGCGCGUGUGGUGGAGGUGAAGCCGGGCAAGCUGACGGCAGAGGAGGUUGUGGUGCCUCUAGUCAAGGUACGCAACAUGAGAGCUAUUCGGGAUACUGAGAAUCCGGGCGUGCCUAAUCCUGGUAUCCCGAAUCCCGGUAUGCCCAAUCCUGGCAUUCCAAACCGCGGUAUGCCCAAUCCUGGAAUCGAAAAUCCUGGCAUGCCAAACCCGGGCAUUCCUAAUCCCGGUAUGCCCAAUCCUGGCAUUCCAAACCGCGGCAUGCCCAAUCCUGGAAUCGAAAAUCCCGGAAUGCCCAAUCCUGGUAUCCCGAACCCUGGCAUGCCCAAUCCUGGUAUUCCAAAUCGCAGUAUGCCAAAUCCUGGAAUCGAAAAUCCUGGCAUGCCAAACCCGGGCAUUCCUAAUCCGGGCGUGCCUAAUCCUGGUAUCCCGAAUCCCGGUAUGCCCAAUCCUGGUAUCCCGAACCCUGGCAUGCCCAAUCCUGGUAUUCCAAAUCGCGGCAUGCCCAAUCCCGGCAUCCCCAAUCCAGGCAUGCCCAAUCCAGGCAUACCUAAUCCUGGCAUGCCCAACCCUGGCAUCCCUGUACAAACUGCCUCCUCUGAGGUUCAACCAACUGUCGUUGCACCAGCCAACACAACGACUGAGCCUGGACCCAUCAUGAUCAAGGGCGCCAAGAGCUGCCACCAGCUGCUGCUGGCCAGCUCCGCUCCAGCCAAGCCGCUACCCGUCCAGGAGAGCUGCGACCAGCUGUGCACCAAGUUUGAGCUGAUGCCCAUCUGCGCCUACAACGGCGUCUGCAUUCACGAGUUUCCCAAUCAGUGUGUUAUGGACACCUUCAACUGCAAGCACCGUGAUCUGGCGUUCCGUGCCGUGGACGAGGAUAUCUGCAUGAUGGAUUUGUGCGCUCGUCGCUGCAAAGAGCAGGAUCUCAAGAUAUAGAUCUUCGCAAAUGCGCUGAAUAUAUUACAUUUUACAUUAUAAAUUGACUAUUAAUUAUUAAAAUUUCUAUAAUUUCAAUA